AUGCCACCAGUAUCCUCCGGUAACACAGAAGAUGAGCGGCCAGCACCUAAUAUGCCGUCCCGAGAAAGUGUGUCGAUGACAGCGCCAUCUAAAUCUCCAACUCCAACGACAAGAAUCCGUACUAUUCCCAAGGGCGCAUCGAAUUUUCAGGCCUUGCGCGAGGAGCUAAGGAAAAGAGCUGCUACCUCCAAAGAAUUUAAUGAGAUAUGGGAAUCUGAAGCAUUGCCGCACUUGCGCAAGACCCUGAACGACAACUAUAACGGCGACUACAGCAUCACGAUCCAGUUCAACUACGACUCGAGCACAAGACUCGUUGAGGUCAUGACGUCCAAAAUCCUUUCCAAGCAUGUUCAUCAAGAGGUCAAGAGCAAAGUCUUGCCGUGUUUUGAGCAUGCACCGCAGCUCAUGGUCGAAAUACGUUUUCUUGUUGGGAACAUCAUUCAUACCGCCGAUAUCACACGCCUCAGCCAGGACUCGGAAGAUCAAUGGGCCAAGCCGAAAAACCCGUUCAAGUACUCGGUGCAAGUGUGUGGCGAUUCUGUUGGUGUCGAAGGGACAGAUGGCGCCGCGACUCUCGGCCCUGCGGUGAAGCUCGGCAACAAUCGAGGAUGGCUUAUCAACUGGCAUCUCUUCGAGGGUAUUCAAAACUGGGCAACUCUUGACGUGGGUUCUGGUGUUCCUGACCACCAUUUGGUGCACCCAGCGCCCAUGGACUGCCCAGAAACCGAGAGCCCGAAAAGAAUUGCAAAGCUUCAUGCGUUUUCAGGGCCCAUGUUCAAGACCUAUCGUCCAUCUAAGUCUCUGAGGCUGUUUGCAACUGCAAUCCCGCAUGAUGGGGAAACGACAACGAACGUCGUCACAGAUUGGGCCUUUUGCAUUGCGAACAGAGAUAAAAGGCUGCAAAAUCGGCUACGAUAUGCUCCGCCCGGCAUAGAGUUCGAAGAUGUUUCGGGUUUAAUGAGAGGUCAGUUUAUGGGAAAUCCUCAGUUGCAAAUCAUCGGGACAACUGGCCGGAGCAGCGGAUUUAGAUAUGCCGUGGUGUGUGAGACGCCGGCUGAGGUCCGCAAGCUGCCCAUGGAGCCAACUAGGGAAUGGUAUCUUGAACAAGCUAACAUUGUUUCGACUUUUGAUUGGGUCUGUGAAGGCCCAGGAAUGCCUGGAGACUCGGGAGCUGCUGUGGUUCACGAAGAAACCGAGUGCGUUCUUGGCCAGAUAUGGGGCCGAAACUGUUAUGGAGGCAGCCAAAGUGAUCUUAGGGUCACCUAUUUCACCCACAUUAUGGACAUCUUUGAUGACAUCAGAGAUCGUUAUCCGAACGAAGGACCUUUGACUCUCAUACUGGGCGAAGAUAACCGGACUUCAAAUACCAAUCUUCGCAACGGACCCUCAACACUCAACGCUCCUAGAUUAACAUCCACACUCGAUACUUCAGUACGAAGUAAUACUAUUUGGGAUACAGGUGAUGAACACACUACAGACGAGCGGAUGGGUGAGGAGCCCACUUGGGGAAUGGGCCACCAGAACAUGUCCCGUCGCAGUGCUGCAAAUGCAUCUUUUGAAGACGACGGGAUUAUGAUGAGGCGCAGUUCGAUGAUGAUAGCCACAUGA